CAGAGCUGCACCUGAUGUUCUCUCUCAUGGACAAAGUGCCCAGCGGCAUCGAGCCCAUGCUGAAGGACCUGGAGGACCACAUCAUGAGCGCAGGCCUGGCUGACAUGGUGGCCACAGCAGAGACCAUCACCUCUGACUCAGAGAAAUAUGUGGAGCAGCUGCUCACCUUGUUUAACCGCUUCAGCCGACUGGUGAAAGAAGCCUUUCAGGACGAUCCGCGCUUCCUGACGGCUCGAGACAAAGCGUAUAAAGCUGUUGUGAAUGACGCCACUAUUUUUAAAUUAGAACUUCCUUUGAAACAGAAAGGGGUCGGUCUGAAAACUCAGCCGGAGUCCAAGUGUCCAGAGCUGCUGGCCAACUACUGCGACAUGCUGUUGAGGAAAACCCCACUGAGCAAGAAGCUCACGUCUGAGGAGAUCGAGGCCAAGCUCAAGGAAGUGCUGUUAGUGCUAAAGUAUGUCCAGAACAAAGACGUGUUCAUGCGCUAUCACAAAGCCCACCUGACCCGUCGACUCAUCCUGGACAUCUCAGCCGACAGCGAGAUAGAGGAGAACAUGGUGGAGUGGCUCAGGGAAGUAGGAAUGCCAGCAGACUAUGUCAACAAGCUGGCCAGGAUGUUUCAAGACAUCAAAGUGUCGGAGGACCUCAACCAAUCUUUUAAAGAAAUGCAUAAACACAACAGGCUCGCUUUACCAGUUGGAGCCAGGAGGCAGGAAAACUCAGGAAAAGGCAGAAAAACUCUACAUGCAUCUGCUGACUCGGUCAACAUUAAGAUCCUGAACGCUGGAGCGUGGUCGAGGAGCAGCGAGAAGGUGUUCGUCUCUCUACCGACGGAGCUGGAAGAUUUGAUACCAGAGGUGGAAGACUUCUACAAGAAGAACCACAGUGGCAGGAAGCUUCACUGGCAUCACCUCAUGUCCAACGGCAUCAUAACCUUUAAGAACGAGGUGGGCCAGUACGACCUGGAGGUGACCACCUUCCAGCUGGCUGUGCUGUUCGCCUGGAACCAGAGGCCCAGGGAGAGGAUCAGCUUUGAAAACCUCAAGCUAGCCUCGGAGCUGCCGGACGCCGAGCUGCGGCGCACUCUCUGGUCUCUGGUGGCGUUUCCCAAACUCAAGCGGCAGGUGUUGUCGUACGACCCGGUGGUGACUUCCCCCAAAGACUUUGCAGAAGGAACGCUAUUCUACGUCAACCAGGAGUUCUCUCUCAUAAAAAACUCAAAGGUUCAGAAAAGGGGGAAGAUUAACCUGAUUGGUCGGCUGCAGCUCACCACGGAGCGAAUGAGAGAGGAGGAGAACGAGGGCAUCGUGCAGCUCAGGAUACUAAGAACGCAGGAGGCCAUCAUCCAGAUCAUGAAGAUGAGGAAGCGCAUCAACAACGCGCAGCUGCAGACAGAGCUGGUGGAGAUCCUUAAGAACAUGUUUUUACCUCAGAAGAAGAUGAUCAAGGAGCAGAUCGAGUGGCUGAUAGAUCACAAGUACAUAAAGCGGGACGAGACGGAUUUAAACACCUUCAUCUACAUGGCGUAGCACAUCGAGACGACUCGUGUUGACUUUGUGAAUCAGGCCUGACGGACACUACGACACUUCCAGGCUCCCCGUCCUCUAUUUAAAAAUAAAAUCCAUUCGUGUGCAGGGAGGCAUGAAUUUAAGACUGAAAACUAUUUAAAACAAACAAAAAAAAGUGGAACUUCCUGCCUUAAAGUUGUACAAACAAAAGUAAAAGUUGCAGUGGGAGUCUGCACCAAGUGGUUCUAACUGUUUGUAGUUUGAGAUGCUCCGUCUGCUACAACACGCUAAAGGCCGACGGGAACAGCUGAGGAACUCUGGGUCGCAAAAUAUCUGCAGUCCAGUUUUAUUCCACGUAGAACAGCUGACCGUCUGAACCUUGAACAAAACGCUGCCCUCUUCACCUCGAAGCUGCUUCAACGUCUGUGUGGCGGGCGGCCCUGAUGCUGUCGUGACCCUCUGCAGUCACAGUUGAUCAAACACUUAAUCUGGACAGUCGGUGUGUAUACAGAGCCCGAUCAGCACUUCACAGGUUGCAGGACUGAACCUGACGGCAACGUCGAGCCGACUCUCUGUCCCUGGGUACAAGUCCAGAAUCCUUUCCCCCUCUACCGAGCGUCCCGGGGCAGAGGGCGAGUCACAGCGGACUGGGAGCUCACCUCAGCUCUCUUUUUUUUUGCAGGAAGCCUGGGAGACGAGGCUGAGGUCAGUAUUACACGCGGUAAAUACUACAGCUCAAAGCUUUAGGAGAGUGUACCAUGAGAUGUGAAUAAUGAAAUGAUUAAAUAAACAGCACCUUAUUAUAAAA